UUACAAAUAACAAAGGAUCUGAUGUGCAUUAGUCCCAAAAUGAAAUAUACUUGCUAAAAUAUCGCAGCCUCGUGAGCGGAGAAGUAAAAGCUUAAAAUAUAAAAAUACUUAAUUAACCCUUUUCGUUUAAACAAACAACUAUCUAAUCCAAAAAGAUUCCAAUCUUUAUCCAAGUCAAUCAGUACCCAAAUCAUUUAGAAACUGUUCCGUACAGAUUUUCUCCUCUCUCUAAAAUUUCGGUCGGCGUUUCUUCUGGCUUCCUGGUUCCAAACUCCUUGUACGCAACAGAUUCAGCUUAUCUAUAUCCACUCCUUGUAGUUGAAUCUGCAGUUGUUUCUAAUUUGAUGGCUGCGAGCGCGAACCCUCCGGCGGGUAAUAAUAGUGGUCAAGAAGGCACCAGCAAUGGGAAUGGCGCCACCAGUAAUGGUCUCUCCGUUCCCGAAAACUCUGUGGUUGGACCCACACAGGCAGCUCUACGACACAAUCCAGGCCUUUCUGUUGAUUGGACUCCCGACGAACAAUCCCUCCUCGAAGAAUUGCUCGCCAAAUAUGCAACAGAGAGCAACAUAUCUAGGUAUGCAAAAAUUGCUAUGCAGUUAAAAGACAAGACUGUUCGAGAUGUAGCAUUGAGGUGUAGAUGGAUGUCUAAAAAGGAGAUCGGAAAGCGAAGAAAAGAUGAUCAUAACUCACGGAAAAAUAAAGACAAAAAGGAAAAAGUUACAGAUUCUAUGCCAAAAUCUGCUCAUGUUGCUAAUCGUGCAAAUGGUCCUCCAUAUGCUCAAUCUGUUGUUUCAAUGGACAGCGAUGACGGAAUUUCCUACAAAGCCAUUGGUGGUACUACUGGACAGCUUCUUGAGCAAAACGCUCAGGCCUUGGAUCAAAUAUCUGCAAAUUUUGCUGUCUUUAAGAUCCAAGAAAACAUUAACCUUUUCACUCAAGCUCGAAAUAAUAUCCUCAACAUCUUAAAUGACAUGAAUGAUAUGCCAGAAAUAAUGAAGCAGAUGCCACCCCUCCCUGUAAAGCUAAAUGACGAGCUUGCCAGCUUAAUCCUUCCACCUCGACCGCCCUUGCCAAAUAAAUCAUGAGAUCCACGAGGCUUGGGCUUACUGUAGAUGCUUGUGUGAGUUUACUGAAGUUGAGAUCCUUUUGAUUACUUGGGUAAGAAUAAUAAACUAGUCAAGGUUAUUCCUCUGGAGAUUUAUAUUAAGAUUAGCUCCUUUUGGCUUUUUUGGACUCCAUUUGCUUAUCUUGGUUAAUUUUCCUUUUCUAUUAUCUAGCUUUGUGAUUUGCUGUUGAUUUACUUAGUAGUUAGUUGGGCUAGCAUGUAAAUAUAGUUAGUGUAGGAAGGAUUCUUGUUUCUGUAAAUCAAUGGAUGCAAAUAAGUUUAGAUCCCAUGUUUUUGCUGCAAGCUUGCAAUACACAAUUGUUAUGGACUA